UCUUGCCUUGCCUUCCCUCUCAAGAGGUCUCACGCUACACAAACACCUGGAUAGUUCUUGAACAUUUUUUUCCUUCUCUCGGUUUGGGGCCAAAUCACAUCAGUCAUUUUAAAAAAAAUUUCUUCCAAGUUACGGCUCAACGAACAUCUCCAACAGUACCGAAUUCGUCUUCGCUUCAUCCGGUCGAUCCCUCCUCCAACGCCAUUGUUGUCUCCCGUAAGCUUUCACAAACUUGGCCUCGUUCCAGCGGAUGGACGCCCGAUCUUUCCGAUCUCUUAUAGGCGUUUAACUCCGAUUGGAGCUCCUCCUCCAUCCCUCUCUCUCAAUGGCUGCCUGGCUUAAGGCCGCGGAAGGUCUGUUUGAAGUUGUUGAUCGGCAGGCAAAGCUAGUUGUUAAUGAAUUGUCAGAAGAGAAUUCUGAUUCUCAGCCAUCUGCUUCUAAUGGACAAGGAUCUCAACAGAAAAAGCCAAAGCCAAAGCCAAAAUCAAAGUCAAAGGCUCAAAAGAGGCGCUCGAAAGAUGAAUCCACAAAGCUAAGUGAGCCAGCACAAGAGGUGACUAAUACACAAACAUCAGAGGCAGAUGCAAUAGAUCAAGCUGCCCGUUCAGUUAAAAAUGACGAGAAAGCUUCCAGCAGUUCUGUAGCUCAAACAAGCAAUGAGCAGCAAGAAACUGGUGACAGUGCUUCAAGUGUAUCACUACCGACAACUACGAAUGAGCAAGUCCAGCAUGAAGCUGACAGUGUUCAAAUUCCUAUACCUGUUACAGACACUAUAAUACCACCUUUGGAUGGUGAGCUCCUUAAUGAUAAGACUAUAGAUGUCCCUGCGGAGAGUACUUCUUCACCAUCACCUGCCAAAGAAAUGGAAGUUGUCAAAGAACAUGAUCCAGUUGUUGCUGUUCCUGAUGCCACGACAAGGGAAAAUGAGGGUUCUUCAAAGAUUGAGCUAGAAAAAUCAAGUAAAGAUUCUCUUGUUAUUAAUGACAAAUCAGCAAAGGUUGACGAGCUUAAGGUAGAAACUCCUAUGCAUCAACAGAAGCAAGUAGAGCAUGACGUUGCUGCUUCACCCAGGAAAAUUCAGGAGCAACUUGAGGAGGCUCAAGGACUACUCAAGACUGCAAAUUCCACUGGUCAGUCAAAAGAAGCUAGACUAGCACGGGUUUGUGCUGGGCUUUCAACCCGCCUUCAAGAGUACAAGUCUGAAAAUGCACAACUCGAGGAGCUUUUGAUUGCAGAGAGAGAACUAAGCAAGUCAUGUGAGGCUCGUAUGAAGCAGCUACAGCAAGACUUAUCUGUGUCAAAAAUGGAAGUAACAAGAGUAGAGUCAAACAUGGCUGAGGCAUUGGCAGCAAAGAAUGCUGAAAUUGACGCGCUUCUUGGUUCUAUGGAUGCACUUAAGAAACAAGCUGCAUUGUCAGAAGGAAGCUUGGCUUCUUUACAGGCAAACAUGGAGUCUCUUAUGCGAAAUAGGGAACUGACAGAGACAAGGAUGAUGCAGGCUUUGCGAGAAGAGUUAGCCUCUGCAGAACGGAGAGCAGAAGAAGAGCGGGUGGCACACAACACUACUAAAAAGGCAGCUAUGGAGAGGGAAGUGGAUCUAGAAAACAGAGCUGUGGAGGCUUCCACAGCUCUUGUUAGGACUCAGGUAGUACCCCAGAGGUCAUUCAUUGAUGCAUAACUAGGCUGUCAGUGUUGUGUUUGGAAUGGCUGGUCUGUAUCCUAGCAACACUGGCUGAUGUUAAAUAACUUCAAUCCCUUCUGUAAUAGUUUCAAAUUAUGUUCUCUUCCAGAGACUUGCCGAUGAAAGGACAUCUAAGGCCUCAGAACUUGAACAGAAAGUUGCACUGCUUGAGUGCUAACUUACUACUGCUUCUCAAUCAGGUUGAAUGUGCAACAUUAAAUCAAGAGUUGCAAGAUAUGGAGGCCCGUGUUCGGCGAGGCCAAAAAAAGGCCCCUGAAGAGUUAAACCAGUCAAUUCAGAUGCAGGCAUGGCAGGAAGAAGUAGAACGAGCACGCCAGGGUCAGAGAGAGGCUGAAAACAAGCUUUCUUCUGUUGAGGCUGAAUUGCAGAAACUGAGAGUUGAAAUGGCAGCCAUGAAAAGGGAUGCUGAACACUAUUCACGCCAGGAGCAUAUGGAGCUUGAGAAACGCUAUCGGGAACUAACUGAUUUACUGUAUUACAAGCAAACACAACUAGAAACAAUGGCUAGUGACAAGGCAGCAGCAGAGUUUCAAUUAGAGAAGGAAUUGAAGCGUAUUCAAGAAGUGCAGGUUGAGGCUGAAAGAGGCAGAGUUGCCCGCCGCCCAUCUCCAUCAUGGGAAGAGGAUUCCGAAAUGAAAGCACUCGAGCCUCUCCCAGUGUACCACCGCCAUUUGGUGGGUGCAAGCGUACAGUUGCAGAAGGCAGCAAAGAUAUUGGACUCAGGAGCUGCCAGAGCCACGCGCUUCUUGUGGCGGUACCCAACAGCUCGGCUGAUCUUUUUAUUCUAUCUGGUGUUCGUACAUUUCUUCAUGAUGUAUUUAUUGCAUCGCCUUCAGGCGCAAGCUGACGAUCUCUCGGCUAGAGAAGUCGCGGAGUCGAUGGGCCUUACCGACCCCAACUUGCAGCUACAUGCCCGGCGCUGACCACCACCCACUGCUGUGGGCAUGCCUGUGUAUUGUGCCUCUGUAUAUCGUCCCAAAAGGAAAAGAAAAUGGCCUGAAAAAAGAGCAUUAGGGUGAUAGAGAAUUAACCAACCACAUCGGAUGAGUGAUGAGAGUACAAGAGUCGGGUUGCCAUUUUCAGGCAUAUUUGCAGCAAAGCUGAAGCUUUGUUGUGGAAUGGGCGACUUUCCAUUUAUUUCUCCUCGAACCAUUUUCCUACCUUUCUACCCACUUGGUGGUGAAAUCUAAUUAGAGGUUUUGCUGGGGGCAAUUCGGAGUACAGACUUGUUUUUUUUUGUGUAAAUGAUGAGCUAGAAAUAUAUAUAGAUGUAAUUGUACAUCAAACAUGCUGACAAAAGAGGGGGGAAAUUGAAGAACAAAUUUAUUUUAAUAGAUGGAAGGAUACAAUUUCAUUUUAUUAGAAUCAAACAA